AUGUACCCCAUCGACCAGAGCCGGAAUUACUACAGAUGCUCCACGCAGAAAAACCGUCUGCCUGUUCUCUGGCAGCCACCACUUUCCGAGGACCCAUCGGACUCGGAUUCCAUCGUCGUGGGCAUGGGCGACAUCGUCCCGCGCUGGGACGUGUCUGGAUCCAACACGACGCUCGAGUUUUUCGUCCGAGCCGACACCUUCCCGUCCGCUGACGACGCGUCGCACGCCGCCCAGAUGAAGGCCAAUUUCGACCUCGUGUACAGGGUUAACGGCAGAGCGGACCAGGGCCUCUACGCCGAGGCGUUUUUCCCGCACGAGCGCCGUCGCGACGUGGUUGUGACCGACUUUGCCCUGAGCGCGAAGGAGAGGGGCACCCUGAAGAACGUGUUUCUGCACGAGAUCGGCCACAUCCUCGGUCUCAGGCACGAAUUUGCGCUGGAUAAGGAAGAGGAGGGUGCCGUGCGGUUUAUGGAGGAGAAUCCCGUUUCUGUGAUGAGCUACACUAGCCCGCCGACCAUGCAGGAAUUCUACAAGCUCGAACCGGGUUUUAAGAUCGCUGGAAGUCCUAUAGUUGACUUUCAGCCCGAGCUGAGGAGGCAGACAAAGGCAGUUCCGCCAGUGUAG